UCUGUGGAACAACAGGCAACGUGGACAGCUUCUUACAUCAGCACACAAUUUCUCCACAUCCAUCAUAUCAGCCAUCCCCUGAAGAACAGCUCCAGCAUGAACCUCUUCUGUUUCUCUCUGGAGGGAUCCAUGGACAGUCUGUAUGAGGUGGUGAAAGAUGAUGGAGAGACUCGCGUCUACACCAUCCCCAGCAGAUCCAACAGUUCGGCUGAUUUUCUACACCACUGCGCUCGGUGUACAGGAGCCACGUCACGUGUGGAUAUCUCCACUAAUUCCAUAAAGACGAAAACAAGGCAAUUACCGAUCUCUAUCUCUGAAAACAAUGCCUUAGUCAGAAUCACGAAGCAAGCUGAUUUCUGUAACAAGAACGAAAAUCACCAUCAUAUAACCUCUAACCAGAGAGAAAACGAACUUCCUGUGCAGACAGGACUGUCUCAGACAGAGGUGGGAGACGCAGCAGGAAUCAUUAAUAGGACCCAGAAAUCUCUUCCUGACAGACCUGAGACCCGAACAUCAGCCAUGACGAACGCAGCUGGAGAAGGACAUGCACCACUUUUCCUGGAGAAUUCCAGCUUUUCCAUGAGACACAGACAAAUCCAUGGGCACUGGAGUAACCCUGCAGAUCAUCUACAGGCCUGGACACCAGACCGACCCAUCUGCCGUCGACCGCUCACCGUGUACCACAUCCAUCCGCAGGACUUCUCCAUUACCAGCCUGACUGAUGGUCAAAGCCGGAAUAAAGCGUCCUCACCUCCGGGAAUGGUGUGCUCCAUCACCAGCAUGGAUUUACGUGAUGUAAGUAGUAGUUUAUUUACAAGAAUAAUUGUGUUCAAGGGCUUGGUUCCAAAUAGUCUUUUAGGGAACUAGGAUCAUUUUAUUAGGACAUGAUCCAGGAGAGACACUUCCAGCCAAGCCUGAAAACAUCAUUCCCAAUCCAAUCAACACAUCCGCUUCCUGUUUCAAGCCAGGCGUCCUGUAUUUAAACUCCAUUCUCUAAAAGUGCUCAGAAUGCAAAGUGAAUAAAAUAAAAUAUUCUGGAAAACAGCAGAGUGAUGCUUCUACUUUCCUGGAUUGAACACUCCACUCUGCUGAUUGGAAAAAAGAAAAAAAACAAACAA